CUUCCCAAACCACAACAACCCAUCUCUGUUUUUUUCUCCACAUUCAAAUCUUUCUAGUACAUAUGUUCUUCAUAGUCGUUAUAAAAGAAGACACUCAUUAAACUAGAAUAUAAUUCCAAAAAUAUAGAAUUAUGAGAAAGCCUUGUUGUGAUAACAAGGAGGAAAUGCAUAGAGGAGCUUGGUCUAAACAAGAAGACCAAAAACUCAUUGAUUAUAUCACUAAACAUGGUGAAGGUUGCUGGAGAAACUUGCCUAAAGCUGCUGGUCUACUUCGAUGUGGCAAAAGUUGCAGACUAAGAUGGAUGAAUUAUCUUAGUCCAAAUCUAAAAAGAGGCAAUUUUUCUGAGGAUGAAGAUGAUCUCAUAAUCAAGCUACAUGCUCUCCUUGGAAACAGGUGGUCCCUAAUAGCUGGAAGAUUACCGGGGAGAACUGAUAAUGAAGUGAAGAACUAUUGGAAUUCUCGUUUGAGAAGAAAACUUAUAAAAAUGGGAAUUGAUCCAAAGAAUCAUAGGAUUUCUCAUUAUCUUCAUAUAAAAAACCUUGAAUUUUUGUCAGAAAAUAGCACGAGAGAAAAUGAUGGAGUAAUAUCUGAUACUGCAAAUUCUUGUGCAAAUGUUCAACAAAGUACAAGUUCAUUGCCUGAUCUCAACUCCCUUCCUUAAAUAAUAUCAAUGACGCUCUUGAUUGUCUCCUCCGAGGUUAAUUUUAGCCGACUGAUAAUAUGUACGCAUGGUUAGCUUGGACACCGCCGUUAUGAGAUAAAUAUAAUAUUUUCACCAUGGUUGAGCAUAUGAACUCAAUAUUUUUUAAUAAGUUUUAGCUAGCAAGAAAGUACAAUGUAUGGUUGUUAUUAGACUACAGUUGUUCAUGCAGUAAUUGUCACAUUUAGUAUGUGCUUUUAAAGGUACAA